AUGUCGAACCUCCCACCAGAAGCAGAGUUCGAGCAAGCGUACAAAGAGCUCGCCUCCACCCUCGAAAACAGCUCCCUCUUCGAGAAACACCCUGAGUACAAGACCGCACUCAAAGUCUCCGCCAUCCCAGAGCGGGUCAUCCAAUUUCGUGUCACCUGGGAAGACGACAAGGGCCAACUCCAAGUCAACCGCGGUUUCCGCGUCCAAUUCAACUCUGCUCUCGGCCCCUACAAAGGCGGUCUACGCUUCCAUCCUACCGUGAACCUCAGUAUCCUGAAGUUCCUCGGCUUCGAGCAGAUCUUCAAGAAUGCUCUCACAGGCCUGAGCAUGGGCGGUGGUAAAGGCGGUGCGGACUUUGAUCCCAAGGGGAAGAGCGAUAAUGAGAUUCGCAAGUUUUGUGUGGCGUUUAUGCGGGAGUUGCAUAGGCACAUCGGGCCGGACACUGAUGUGCCGGCUGGAGAUAUUGGAGUUUCACCCAGGGAGAUCGGGUGGAUGUUUGGGGCUUACAGAGCGGAGGAAAAUAGGUGGGCGGGUGUGUUGACGGGGAAGGGAGGGAACUGGGGCGGUAGUUUGAUCAGGCCGGAGGCGACGGGGUAUGGGCUUGUUUACUACGUCCAACACAUGAUCCAAUAUGCCUCCGGAGGCAAGGAGUCAUUCAAAGGCAAGCGGGUCGCCAUCACCGGCUCCGGCAACGUCGCCCAAUACGCCGCGCUCAAAGCCAUGGAGCUCGGCGCCAUCAUCGUCUCCCUCUCCGACAGCAAAGGCUCCCUCAUCGCCACCGACGAAAAGGGCAUCACGCCCGAUCUCGUGCACUACGUUGCAGACUUGAAGGUGAAGCGCAAGCAACUCACCGAGCUGUCCGAGAGCAGCGAGUACAAGAACAAAUUCAAGUACAUCGGUGACGGCGCGAGGCCGUGGGUGCAUGUGGGCAAAGUGGACGUGGCGUUGCCAUCUGCGACGCAAAAUGAGGUUAACAAGGAGGAAGCGGAGAAGCUGAUCGAGGCUGGUUGCAAAUUCAUCGCUGAAGGGUCGAAUAUGGGCUGUGAGCAGGAUGCGAUUGAGGUGUUUGAGAAGGCGAGGAAAGAGAAGAAGGGGGAUAGUAUUUGGUACGCUCCAGGCAAAGCAGCCAACGCGGGUGGCGUAGCAGUCUCCGGGCUCGAGAUGGCACAGAACAGCGCGCGCCUGAAGUGGAGCGCCGAAGAGGUCGACGAGAAGCUCAAGGGCAUCAUGGAGGCGUGCUUCAAGAACUGUCUCGAGACGGCCAAGGAGUUUGUGCCGGCUGCGGAGGGCGAGUAUCCGAGUCUGGUGGCCGGAGCGAAUAUUGCUGGGUUCAGUAAGGUCGCUGCGGCGAUGCAUGAUCAGGGUGAUUGGUGGUGA